UUUGAACUGAAGGAUGCUGAUUCUUAACCCCGUUCAAGCGACUGACCUACUGUCUCCUCUUUCGCUCUAAGGUGGCUCCGAUGUCCGGCAGUCUGAAUGGGGAUCUCAUCUCGUCCUCCGGUCUCAGUGGCUCCACCUGCGUCUCCGAGUCGCCCCACUCCCAGAAGCCCGUCGUGCGGGGAAGCCUCUCCGUGGCGCAGGCCGACUACCCCGAGCGGCCCGAUGUCCUGCUCCGGCGGGAGACCGGCUCCUCGACGCUUCCUCUCCCGCUGAAGACGGAGGUGCCGCUGCACCUCUUCAGCACCACCAACCAGCAGCACAAACCGGUCGGGGUGCAGCAGCAGAUCCCCACCAAACUGGCAGCGAUCAACAGCGGCAAAGGGAAAGGAAGCAAGAGUGGGAAAGCGUCGCAUCGCACCGACAGCUCUGCCUCGGUGGACAUGAAGCAGAUGCUCCCCCUGAAACUGUCUGUUAGAGACGACAACGUCCUGAAGGCCAAACGCUCCAUCAGCCCCCAUCAGCAGUCCCUCCAGUCUCACUCCCUGCAUCACCACUCAGAUCAGCUGAGUCCAGAGCAGACUGGAUUAGACACGCAGCCCACCUCCUCCAUCGGCUCCAACCAGAAGCCCCCCAUGCAGGGCGUGCAGCCCCAUCCUCCCCCCUCCGUUCACCACCUCCACUCCCAGAGCGCCGACUCCCUCCCGUUCCAGCCCCACCUGCAGCCGCACAGCCUCAGCCAAAUCGCACAGGCCAACGCCCCGCUGAACGUUCACGGCCUCAGCGCGACGCCGCCCUACAGCCUCCCUGCUGAGGACCUCAACAAGGAGGACGUCAUAUUUUUUUAAAGCUCCAGCUGCCCCAGGACCGAGCACUGAUCCCCCCAGUCUGACCACAACUUAUUGCCGAGGCUCGCGUGGAGAAAUUUCCCCCGGCUUUUUAUUCGAUAGCGUUUGCUAAUUCACAUUUUAAUCCAAGCUGCCUCCAAUAUUUAAUUUAAUUCUUAGGUAUAAAUACUUACAAGUAUGGGGUGCAAAGGUGUUCUCAAACAAAAGAGAACACCUCUUUUGUUCUCUUUUGCGUUGAUUUAUUGUUAUUUUAAUUAAGUUUUAUUAAUCCAAAGACACAGAACACAUUUCCGAACAGGAUCUGACUGAAAGGACAACGGCGAAAGAUCAUUUUUUUUUUUUUUUUUUUUUAUCUAGAAGAAGUUCAGCUUGUGAGAAGCAAAACGUUCAGUGAAGGAUAUUUACCGCUCUCUCCUGCUGGUCCUGGACCAUCAUGAAGCUUUUCAUCAGAAGUGAUCAAAACUCUGCUUGAAGUUUCAUCUGCACAUUGUAAAAACAAAACAAAAUGAAAAAAAAAACUCCUUUCCAAAAUAAUGAAGGAACAUUUUAUGGGGAAUAUGUUGAAAAAUGUUGAUUGUACAACUUUUAUGAUUGUAAAGCUUAAUUGCAUUUUUUGGUACUUGUCUUAAAUGUGCUUCUUUCAAAAAAAAAAAAAAUCGUAACACCACCAGUCUUAUUGCUGGUUUAGAAAGUUGACUAACAUUUUAUUUCAGCAAAGGCAGGGCUUGUUUUUUUUUUUUUUUGGGUAAUAUGUGUAAAAAUAUGAAGUGAGACUCAAAGAACACACUUUCCUUAGAAGAGUUGGAGAGUUUUUUUCUUUGUAUUCAUAACGCUAAUCUGCCAAUCUUGUUCUGCUUUGGUCAAAAUGACGAACCAGAAUUGUGCUUAUAUAAGCGGCGAAAUGGCAAAAUGUGGUCAAAUUUGACAUUUCAUUUUAGUUUGUUUCACAGAGGUUGACGAAAGUAAAAAAGACGUAUUGCAGGUGAAAACUGAAUCUGUUUGUUCUGCUGCUCAUGCUGAGCUUGCUGUGAGCUCUGUCUGCAUGCUGGACUUUAAAAACAAACGAUUCAUCAGAAUCGGAGGAUGAGCAAUCAGACGGUGCCCUUCAUGGUAGAGAUGCUGUGAUCAUGAGUUAGAGGCUGAUUUCCAAUCUGAUUUUUUUUUUUUAAAGCUUGAGGUGCUUGUGUUGUUUAAUAUCUAUUCAGAUUUCAAGAGGAAUAUCAGAAGAUGUAGGGUUAGAAUAUCUUUUUCUGGUCUUUUUGACAUAAAGGAAGCAGAUUUAACGUUGAUGUAAAACAAGAUUUUUCUGUUUCAGACAAAAUGAUCAUGGAGUUUACAUUCUAAGCAAUCUUAUCAUUCCAUAUCAUAGAUUAUUAAGCAUCUUUAGGUAUUUAGAUCCUUCCAUUAGUUAAAAUUUCUGAAAGGCCACCGACGUUAAUCCAGCCUGGUUAAAAGCUCAAAAGUAUAAAAUAAAUUUCUGUGAGCCCUAUGAUUCUUCUACCA